CUUUUUCUCAAGACGGGUGGUGGGGGGAGAGGAGAGAGGGGGAAGCUAAGCGCUCCUAAUGGCGGCCGCUCUGAGGAGACUCUUUCACGGGCCGGAGGUGGAGCGCGUUCGGCCUGAGCCAGAGCCCCCUCCGCCGCCCCCGUGGGGAGGAGAGGCCCGCAGGUGCCCGCAGCAUGGCGGCGAGAGGACAAAUCGGGGUGGCGCCCAGGAGCAGCCCCCUUACCCUGCCUAUGGUUCUCAGUACUGGAAUUCCUCUCCUAGAAUGACCUAUUCAAGUCCAUACCCAGCUGGACCAGAGCUCCAAGGCCAGGGGAUUGAUCCUUCCUAUGCUAACAGUGUUUAUGGCACACCAUACUCCAAUCCUGGGACAGGGCAACCAUAUCCCAACCUUCCACAGUCAAACACAUACUAUUCCUCAGGGCAUCCUCAUGCCCCUUAUUCUACAGAGUCUUCCAGUACAUAUAGAUCCCCAUCACCAGCUUACAACUGGAACUAUCCUCCACCAGACUGCCCAGCUGAAUGCUCCAUGGUAAGGAGACAAGUACCAGGAUACCCCCCACCACCAACUCAAGGGUUUCCGGUCCCGCCCUAUCCAUAUGGAGAUUGCAAUCACAGUAUUCCACAGCAGCGUCCUCCGCCGCCACCGCCACCACCACCACCUUCCCAGCCAAGACAACAGGAUCCGACUUGGAGGCCACCUGGCAUUUAUGGAGCACAACCUCCAUAUGGCUGGUCUGCAGCCUCAACAGGAAAUGGGAAUAGAUACCUUGCAGAAUCUUCUCCUCCGUGGCCUCCUUGUGGCACAUGUGGCUUGCAUUCUCCAAAUAAUAAUGCAAAGGAGUCGUAUAAUCAGCUGGAGCAAGGAACUAACCAGCACAGCUACUACCCAGAAGCCAAUCACUUGCCCUCUGGGACCAUGAAUGAUUACAAGUCUGUUCCACUCGAUACUAAGCCAUCUGUUUCCAACCCCAAAGUGCAGUAUAGUGCUGAACCCCAGCUGUAUGAGAAUGUACAUAAGAAACAAGCUGUAAUUGACCACGGACAGGGUUCCAACAUCAGGGUGCAGCCUUCAUUAGAAACAUUUGACCUGCACCCUGGGAUUCAAAAGGUUAUACAAGUGAUGGAAGGGAUUGAGCAACUGGAGGAAGAGGUGGACGAGUUUGUUGGGAAAAAGACGGACAAGGACUACUGGUUGCUGGAGGAAAUGUUGACCAAAAAGUUAUUGGAGCUGGACUCUAUAGAGACAGGCGGUCAGGACAAUGUGCGGCAGGCAAGAAAAGAGGCUGUACACAGAAUCCAGGCAACGCUGGAAGAACUGGAAAGGAAGGGGCUCUAAAGGCAAACUGUAGUCUUGAGGCCUAGUCCUGUCAUGCUCAACGAUCUCCGCUUUUCUUUUUAACAAUACAGAGCAAUAUGCAGGGACUGGCAUUUUGAUUUUCAGUUAUGUGGCACGCAUUGGAUAUGACUGAAGAUGUCAGACCCAAAGUCUUAGUUUGGUGAUUCUACCAAUGAAUGUAGAGGAAGAGGUGAAAUUUUAACUCCUAAUUCUCUAAAGCUGUAGUAAUCUCCAUGGACAACUGUUUCUCCAGCACCAGGCUGAAAACAUGGGCUGAAAGGACAUUUUGAUACCAGUAUCUUCAUCCUUAAAGAAAUCUCUUGAAGCGCUGAGGAUUUCUACAGCUGAGUUAUCUUUCAAAUGUCAUAUGGUGUGAAGACAUUUCAGUUGCAACAUAGUGCCAGUAAACCCAGGACUUCAGUCUCUCUUGCUGCUUCUCUUGUGUAUUGCUUACCGCUCUCUCCCUUUUUGUCACAAAAAUUGUGUAGUGUUUUGUACCUUUCAGGGCACAUUCAGUCCAAACGUAGCCAUACUGAUAAAUUAAUCAGUAGCACAAUCAAAGCCAGUAUAUUUUUCAUGGUAUUUCUCUCCAUCUAUUAUAUCAUGCAGAUAUAAUAUCAUGCAGGUAUAGUUCUUUUCAUUAGGUAGCCAAAAGGGGCCCAGGAGAUAUUAGACUAUUAAAGCUUGCAGGUAAUUGACAGAUUUGGUUUGCGGUCUUUGCGGAUAAAUGCUCUUAACUGGGAUGUCACUUCAUACGUUGCAUUUUUUGUAUUCACUUUUAUUUGUGUAACUGAUGACUAUAUGAUGGUCUGCUGAUCUGUAAUGGGAUAGAUAAGAUUACUGUUCUGAAUCUUCAGCUUCUUGCAAAGUGGUCCUUGUUUCAAAAGGCAAGAAAUAAAUCUCUGAGCUGAUUAUUAAAAUGUUAACUUGGGCAUUAAACGUGUAUUGAGUGACCAACUUGAUAUGA